AGGCCUUUUGUCCCAACAAGUUUUAAUAUUCCCAUUGUAUCCUCCUCCUCCAUCUCUCUUCUCUUACAAAUGGCUCUAAAGGCCGUUCUUGUGUCCGACGUUCCCAAUCUUGAUCAGGUCCAUGAAAACGCCUCCUUCGCACUCCACUCACCCUCUUUCACUUUCUCUAGAGGGAUUGAUGGUGGUAGAGGUGGGUCCAGAAUUCCGAAAUUUGCAGUGAUUGGACACAGAGGAAAUGGUAUGAACAUGUUGCAAUCUUCGGAUCGGAGAAUGAAGGCCGUUAAAGAGAAUUCUAUUCUGUCCUUUAAAACUGCCUCAAAUUUCGCCCUUGAUUUCAUUGAGUUUGACGUUCAGGUGAUAAAAGAUGACUGCCCGGUCAUUUUCCAUGACAACUUCAUUCUCUCUGAAGAAAAUGGUACUAUAAUAGAGAAGAGAGUGACAGAACUGUGUCUAUCUGAGUUCCUUUGCUAUGGCCCCCAAAGAGAGGCCAGUAAGAUGGGAAAGUCUCUCUUAAGAAAAACAAAGGACGGAAAGAUUGUAAGCUGGAACGUCGAGACUGAUGACUCCCUCUGUACUCUUCAAGAAGCAUUUCAGAAGAUCAACCCUUCUUUGGGCUUUAACAUUGAGUUGAAGUUUGAUGACCACAUUGUGUAUCAACAAGAACAUCUAACCCAUGUUCUUCGGACCAUCUUGCAGGUGGUGUUUGAUUACGCCAAAGAGAGGCCCAUCAUUUUCUCAACCUUUCAACCCGAUGCAGCACUCCUUGUCAAAAAACUGCAGGGCACCUACCCUGUCUUCUUUCUUACAAAUGGAGGAUCUGAAAUAUACGAUGAUGUGAGAAGGAACUCCCUGGAGGCUGCCAUAAAGUUGUGCUUAGAGGGUGGUUUGCAAGGGAUUGUAUCAGAGGUUAGAGGGCUCUUAAGAAAUCCAGGAGCAGUAACCAAGAUCAAAGAGUCUAAGCUCUCACUCAUGACAUUUGGCAAAUUGAAUAACGUGCCAGAAGCAGUCUACUUGCAACAUCUAAUGGGGGUUGAGGGAGUGAUUGUUGAUUUGGUUCAAGAAAUCACAGAGGCUGUUAAAGAUAUGAUCAAGCCAUCAGGAGACGGUGAAGGAGAUAUAUUGUCAGAGGAAGAGGGUCGGGUUCAAGUUGAAACAAAGCCAAAUUUCUCACAAAAGGAGCUGUCAUUUCUGUUGAAGCUUAUACCAGAACUGAUACAGCUAUAACCAGGAUGCACUUGCAAUUAUACUAGAGAAUUUGCAAAUAUUUCCCUUUUAUGUUGUCAAAUUUUAAACGUGGAGGUAGCAGAAGUCUUCUAGACUGUCAUACAUAUGCACUUGUCAUUCCCCAUCUCUUCACAUUACAAUACUGUUGGUCCUCCAUUUAUGAACCAAUACUGUCGUACAUAGUUCAAUAGGAUUCUCUUCAGAAUUUCCUAAAAUUCUUCUUUUAGGUUUUCUAUUUUUGCCAGCUUAGCAAUAUUUGCUUAUGGAAAAAUAUUGUACAAAAUGCCAUUGGUUGCCCAAGACAGAAUUGUGGGUAGUGUUUGUGGCUAAUAUAUGCUAAUUGUGUACCUUGUUUCCAUUGAAUUGAAGAAUAGAUGGGAAGAGUAGAGGAAGUUAUUGAGCAGUUGGUUUCUGGGGCAUGUCAUGGGAGGCAUAAUGUUAUGGGACAUACAGUAGUCCGAGUUACAGUGUUAUGGGAGCCAACUGUAGUCUAUGGUCCGUCCAAAACGUAUCCUUUCAGUGUUAUGAAAUAGAAAGUGUCCAAAACGUCUCUUUUCUAUCAAUGAUAAAUGUGUUUUGUAAUUUUGUAAAAUCUUCUGGAAUCGACUUUCUCAAUAUAUUUUUUAGGGUACAUGAUAUUGAACAUACACAA